CUACGAUGAUACGAGCAUUUAAAUAAUUAUUACUACCGCCCACUAAGCGCAAAACAUGAACACUACUGCUGAAACUCUUCCUCACGUCUCUAGGCGAGCUAGACAUCGCAAUGAAAAGUAUUUCGCGUCACCUGGAGGCAGUGUAAUACCAGGGACACGGUGGGAGCGAUCAUGCGCAAGCACAGAGGAUGCGCUCCCUCGGGACAAAAAUUAGAAUAAUCACGAUUGAGUCCAAGUAGGACUCUUUCAGAGAUUAAACUGAAAAGAACAGAUACUACACUUGAUCUAAGCCAAAAGGCAAAGAGAGCUGAAGAAGAAAGGAAGAAAAA